CCGUAAGUGAAUAAACGGUUCACGGUCAAAUACACAUUUUUAUUUGUUUAAAUUAAUUAGAAAAUAUGUGAAAGAUCAACCAAUUAAAUCAGUGGCAGCGGUGUUGUCAAAUUACGUAAUAUCAUAUUUUUCAGCUUUCUAAAUCUAUGAUGAUAAAAUUAAUUAUCGUGGUGGCAAACUUUGGAGAAAUUCGAACGAAUAACAGAGAUGUAUGCAUUCAUAGCUAGUAUGAAAAGUUAUACUGUGAUAAAUCCGAUUGACUUUAAAUUUAUCAAUCAAAUGAUUUGAUUCAAGAUCUUCUAUGAUCUAUUGAUCCUUAGGCACCACCCCUGGCCAGCUACAUCAUGUAAGGAACAUAACUAGUAUCCUAAUAUAUUGACUAAUCAUUUGACCGAUCUAAUGACAUAAAUAUGAAAUAUGACACUAUCAAACAAACUCACUGACAUGUCACAUGUUUCCCUUAUUCGUAGUAUGCCCAUAAGUAGUACUUGCGGAUACAUUAGUAUGACUUUGUACAAAACUUGGAAUAUAUACGGUUAAAUCGGGACUGGAUAUGAUUUUCCAUCUAAAGGUCCAACUAUCCAGUUCUAUUGACUAGUCACUAGAUGUGAGGAAACUAUACAAGCUUAGUCAUGGAAGCUGGAGUGUGCUUGGCAAUUUAAAUACGACAUUUUAUCUGCCAAAUCAUAUAGGUAUAUCAAUUUCAGCAAAUCUGUUGACUUGUACAAUUAACUGUGAUAUACAUACUCUUCAAGAAUUCCAUACAACGUUACGAACUUGGACUAUCUCCUAGGCACCAAAAACUUCAGGUGGUGUUCCAAUGUCUCUAAUUUUGAUUUUUUUUUGGCGGCUUCCAAAGAAUAUUAGAAUAUAAAAUUUUCAUGAUUUGUUUGGUAUAUUUGAAAAGUUAGGAAUGAUUACCCAAGUUGGGUAGAGAUUUACAAGAGGUGCUUAACAUGGUUUAGUUUCUUGAUUUAUUUAUAACACUAGUUUAUUGUUGUUUACAUACUUUAUGGAUUUCGAAUCUUUUUACAGGUUACUCGAUUAUUGUAAUGUCACUCAUUCAGUCAUUCCCAAAUAUGCUUUGUAUUCCCAAUACUUGAGUUUAAGGGAACCAGUAGAGUAACAGCUAAACAUUUGGAUUUGCGAAAAUCGAUGUUUUUGGAAUUUUGUUGUGAUAUUUUUACAAACGAGUUUAUAAAAUCCUCAGUCUGAAGGAUUUGCUCUGUGUUGGUAAUAUGGUUUAUAGACGUUAACUACUAACAAGUUUUACUAGUGGCCUUCCACUUGACAGUGUAAAUAUUUUAAAUGGUAAACAUCCCUGAUUAUGGCCCCAUAUAUUAUAAAACAAAAAAGAUUGUUUAUACUCCAGUGUUUUGGUCAUUAUAAUUCAGAAACACUGUAGUUCAAAGUAAUUAUUGCGUCAAAAUGGAGAUUAGUGAUUUAGGGAAAGAAGGAAAAAAGGGAAACGUAAAAAGAAUAUGAAAAGGAAAGAAGUUGUUUCUGACAAAGUGCAUACAUGUUUUUGGAUCUUGCUUUCUUUUACGUAAUUGAGGACAUCAGAUUAUACGUCUUAUACUUCUCUAUCAGGCAAUAACAAUACGUUACGGGAAGGUAUCAUAACCAUCAAUCCGGCCAAGAGAAACCAUGAUCCCACAAAAAGCCUAGACGUUAAUAUAUGCGACUUCAUCAUUGGUUGACAUAUAUAAUAUUCCUAUAUAUAUAUUAAACAAACAAGAACUAGGCCGAGCUAGAGAGAGAUGUUUGAUUUUGAUGAAAUGGAAUCUCAAAAUCUCUUUCUCUAUCUAUCACUCCUCGUUCUCUCUAUAACCUUCUUCUUUCAGAAUAUCAAGCCGAGGCUAGGCCGCUUCUUCCAGCCUUCUUUAGAAACUCGAGCCAAGGCCGCCAUUUUAUCAAGACAAGAAGUAGCCCAGUUUCUUGAUUCUCCCACUGUGAAAGAACAAGAACAAGAAGAAGGUAUAAGGCGCCCCAGUUCCACGUUCGAUUUUGAUCCGUACAUGGCAACAAAAGUCGAAUUAGUAAACAAAGCCUUAGACGAAGCCAUUCCAGUAGGUGAGCCACUCAAGAUCCACGAAGCCAUGCGUUACGCGGUUCUUGCGGCCGGGAAACGCGUUAGACCAAUACUAUGCCUUGCUUCUUGCGAGCUAGUAGGAGGCGAAGAAAACGCGGCGAUGCCAGCGGCUUGUGCGGUUGAGAUGAUACACACCAUGUCCCUAAUCAAAGACGACUUGCCUUGUAUGGACAAUGACGAUCUGCGUCGUGGGAAGCCUACGACGCACAAAGUCUACGGCGAAGGAGUUGCUAUUCUCUCCGGAGGAGCUCUCUUGUCUCUUGCCUUCGAGCACAUGACGACGGCGGAGGUAUCCUCGGAGAAAAUGGUUUGGGCGGUCAGGGAACUGGCUAGGUCAAUUGGAACUAGAGGGUUAGUCGCGGGACAAGCUAAGGACAUAAGUAGUGAAGGUUUGGACUUAGACGAGGUAGGACUAGAGCAUUUAGAGUUUAUACACGUACACAAAACCGCGGUUCUCUUGGAAACUGCUGCGGUUCUUGGAGCCAUUAUUGGUGGUGGGUCUAAUGAAGAGAUUGAGAGAGUAAGAAAGUUUGCAAGGUGCAUUGGGUUGUUGUUUCAGGUGGUGGAUGAUAUUUUGGACGACACCAAGUCGUCGGAAGAAUUGGGAAAAACAGCCGGGAAAGAUCAGCUCGUGGGAAAGCUGACGUAUCCCAAGCUGAUGGGUUUGGAGAAGUCUAAAGAAUUUGUUAAGAGAUUGACGGAAGAUGCAAGUCAACAUCUUCAAGGGUUUAGUAAGGAAAAAGUGGCUCCUUUAGUAGCUCUUACUAAUUUUAUUGCCAACAGAAACAGAUGAAAUGUCUUUUAGAACUUCAUUUUUUUUAAUUUGUGUGUAUCGGGUAUAUGUAUACAUGCUAAAAUAGUGUGUUUACUUGAAAUGUAAUCACAUUUUAAUAUCUUAGUUAAGAAUUUCUAAAACGCAAAUCCAUUUGCCUUCUGUGUGUAUUUAUAAAUAACAAGGCCUUUUAAAAACUUUUUUCUUUCUUACAAAG